AUGUCUAGCUCAAAGUCCUCAAAGAUCAAUAUUGUUCUAGGAGUAGCAAACGUCGGCGACGGAAAUGCUGACCCCAUGGUUCGCUUUCACAAACCAAGCGAGGUCAUUGCCUUCCUCGACGCCUUCACCAAGCGAGGGUAUACUCAGCUUGACACUGCGCGCAUCUACUCGCCUCAUGCACCUGGUACAUCCGAGCCGAAGAUCGGAGACGUUCCUGAGAAGAACUUCAUCAUUGACACAAAGGUCAACUCGUUCUACGAUGGGGCUCACUCCAAGGAGAACAUCCUCAAAGACAUUAAUGACUCCCUGAAUGCCUUGAAAAUCAAGCAGAUCAAUAUCGAGUACUUGCAUCAGCCCGACCGGGCGACUGAACUCAAAGAAGCCUGUGAAGCCAUGGAUCAGGCCCAUAAAGAAGGAAAGAUCAAGUACUGGGGCAUUAGCAAACACUCAGCUCAAGAGGUUGAAGCCAUUGUCAAGAUAUGUCAAGAGCACAACUUCGUCAAGCCUAGCGUCUAUCAAGGAGAGUAUAAUCCGAUUGCGAGGUCCGCCGAGAAGGAACUAUUUCCAGUCCUGCGACGACACGGCGUCGCGUUUUAUGCUUUUAGUCCCGCUGGAGCUGGAUUCUUUGCUGGUAACCAUAAGAACGUUCGACCUGGCGGCCGCUUUGAUCAAUCCCUUUUCCUUGGGGGUCUAUACUCUGACCGCUAUCUCAAACCCUCCAUCUCGGAGGCCACGGAGAAAGCGCUGGCUGCAGCUUCUCGACACGGAAUUAGCGGCCAUGCUGCGGCUCUUAGGUGGACCGCGCACCAUGGAGCUCUGAGAAAAGAACUUGGCGAUGCUAUCGUCAUUGGUGCCUCGAGCGUGGAGCAAUUGAACUCUAACAUCGAUGCGAUCGAGGAUGGGCCGCUGCCGGAUGAUGUCGCAGACGCCCUUGAAGCUGUCUACGCGGAGAUUGGGGAUGUUCUUCCUUAUCAUGUUUAG